CUCCGCCAGAUCCCGAGCGCGCCGCCGGCCAUCGCCGUCCCCGCACCUCGGCGGCAAGUCCACGAGCUCCGCUUCGUCCUCCCCGACCCCGGCCUCGUCUCCGCUGCAUCGCCCUCGACGCCAUCGUCUUUCCCUUCGGGCACCGCGGUCGUUCCGGCCACCCUCUGCUGCUACUAAGCUCUCGCCGGCCUCCUUGAGUCACCCGGUGAGCUCCUGCACGCUUCCCCUCUCCCCCUUGCUGCUCUCCGUGCCAAUAGCCGUGCCGCCGCUGCGUCAUGCUCCGCCGUCUGCCAUGCCAACUCCCUAGCGCCCGCGCCUGCCGUGCCCCGUUUCCGUGCUUUCCGCAGGGACAACAAUAAGAUGGAAGCCGUAAGUGUGGCUCCAAGGGUUCUGUCGUUUUCUGUAUUGGAUGAAAUUACUAAAGGUUUCUCUAAUGACAUGAAAGUUGGCGCUGGUUCCUAUGGAAAUGUUUAUAAGGGACAGCAUACAGAUGGGGAGAUGAUUGCUGUGAAGGUGCUUCAUUACAUUCCAGGACUUGAUGAUGAGCAAUUUCAGAAGGAGUAUCACAACCUCGUAAAUCUGCAACAUGAAAAUAUUGUGCGAUUAAUUGGCUAUUGCCAUGAAACUUGGGGAGAAUUUAAACCUUAUGAAGGGAAAGAGAUUUUUGUCGAGACGAUAAAGAGGGCGCUUUGCUUUGAGUACAUGCAAAAUGGAAGCCUUGAUUGCUGUAUUGCUGAUGAAUCUACUGGACAUGAUUGGAGCACACGCUACGCAAUAAUUAAGGGGAUUUGUCAGGGCUUGAAAUACCUUCACGAGGAAUUGGUUCCUCCUAUGUUGCAUCUGGAUUUAAAACCAGGCAAUAUAUUGCUUGACGAAAAUAUGGUGCCCAAGAUCGCGGAUUUUGGCUUGUCGAGGCUCUUCGGAGGAGAACAAACACACAUGACGAAAACUUCUAUAGGAACACAUGGGUACGUACCGCCAGAAUAUAUCGAUGCGGCCGUGAUCACUGUCAAGUUUGACAUAUUCAGUUUGGGUGUGAUCAUCAUAAAGAUAAUGACAGGGCCAAUGGGCUACUAUAGAAGUGCAGAAAUGUCUCCACGAGAAUUCAUAGAGCUUGUACAUGGGAAGUGGAAGAAUAAGCUACAAACAACAACACCAGUUGAUGCAUUGGAGCCAUAUUGUGAACAAGUAAAGAGAUGCAUCGAGAUAGCUUUAAGUUGUGUGGAUCCAGAUCGGCACAAGAGGCCGACUAUGGGGGUAAUCAUCGAGAAGUUGAACGAGACAGAGCCUGCGCUACAAUCGGCUGGUGCAUCAAUGACCAAAACAGGGUCGUCGAUAUACAAGGCCACUGACUUUCCAAGAAAACAGGGCAAGGAAGAAUACACAAGCUCAGGAACGAAGCCGACGCCGAGGGAACCCGGGGGCAUGCAGAUGGCAAUUAAGAACCACAGAAAGGUCAUGCUGGAGAUCACCGGCGGUGACUACAACCAUCACCGACCGGGUCUGGACCUGGUGGCUAUCGUAGACGUCAGCGGCAGCAUGAAUGGCAAGAAGAUGGAACAGCUGAAGACAGCUAUGCGGUUUGUCGUACAGAAGCUCACACCCAUCGACCGCUUCUGCAUCGUCACGUUCUCGGAUCAUGCUACAAGGCUCUGCCCGCUGACACCGAUGUCCAAGUCCUCACAGACAUAUUUGCAGCAGCUCGUCGAUGACCUUAAGGCACAUGGUGGCACCAACAUCAGUAACGGUCUGCUGGCAGGGCUGAAGAUCCUCUAUGACCGCAGGAUGAAAAACAGCCGCAUCGCCAGCAUCAUGCUCAUGUCGGAUGGUGCAGAGUCCAUGGGUGAUGCUUCUCAAGUGGUUAUUCGCGGCAACGUACCCGUUUACACAUUUAGUUUUGGCUUUGACAGCGACCAUGUGGUGCUCAGCACGGUAGCGGCCAAUAGCAAUGGAGGGACGUUCUCUGAAGUCCAGGAUACUCGUGCUGGUGGCCUGACCAUGGCCUUCUCUCAGUGCCUCGCCGGCCUACUUACAGUGACGGUUCAGGACCUCAAGGUGACGCUAGCACCCAUUGGAGACGACUCGGAGAUAGUGAAGGUGACUGCCGGGAACUACCUACAGACCGAGCACCAAAUAAACGGCUCGGUGACCGUCAGCUUUUCGGUAACAUCUACAGCAGGGAAGUGCGCAGGGUCAUUAUCGACCUUCUCGUUCCGUCGGCAAUCCAGAGUGGGGAAAUCCUCAAGGUCACAUGCUCAAGCUCAAGCAGCAGCUAUUCUGGUAGGUUGCAGUUUGCCGUGCCUCCUGAGGCCAUGUUGGACGUGUGGCGCACCGGCAUCGGCAUGGAGGUGUUAAAGGAGGAGACACCGAAGGAGUUAGAGAUGGAGGAGGCCCGUCUGCACUUGGUGAAGAUGAUGAAGGACGCGAGAAUGAUGGCAGACUUGAAGAAGCUCAAGGAUGCCCAGGACAAGCUAGUGGAGGCCCAGAACCAGCUGUCCGAUCCACUGCUCAAGACUGAUCUACAUAAUCUCUUGGAGCUCUUCAAAACCCUAGAAACCUACGAGGCACAUGGCCGCUCCUACUCCUUGGCACUGGAGUCUUCGCAUGACCGGCAACGUUUUGCUACGAGGGGAAUUGAUAUGCGGCUGUUCCUCUUCGAAACCCUAGAAACCUACGAGGCACAUGGCCGCUCCUACUCCUUGGCACUGGAGUCUUCGCAUGACCGGCAACGUUUUGCUACGAGGGGCAUUGAUAUGCGGCUGUUCGCGACACCACGCAUGGACAUGUACCUGGAGCAGGCCAGCAGGUUCCUCAGGGAACCGACGGCACUGGUGCAGGCGGCGGACCAAGACGACAUGGAGGAGGUCGCUGCUGCUCUUGCGAAUAUGAUUCCCUGUACGGAAGAAUCGGCGGUGAUUAAGAUCCGCAGCCCCUGGAUCACUGGACCAUGAUGACCGAGCGGGAGGACAACAAGCUGCUCGUGAUUGAGUUCACCGCGAGCUGGUGCAGGCCAUCCCGCAGCAUAGCUCCCUUUAUUGAUUUUCUCGCCAACAAGUAUCCAGAUGCCAUUUUCCUCAAGGUUGAUAUUGAUGAUGCUGAUAUGGAGUAUAUUGCCGAGCAUCACGAAGUUAAUGGUGUGCCGACCUUCCUGUUCAUGAACAGGGGAGAGGUUAAGGACAGGCUUCGUGGCGCAGACAAGGAAGAGCUGUUUGAGACGCUUCAGCUGCAGAUGACCCUCAUUAUGGACAACUGACUGAUACGGCAUUCAUAUCUGUUGAGUAUAUUGAAUAUUAGGAAGUAUAUGAUAUACUAGGAUUUGGUUCUAACUUGUUUUGUACUCCAAGUAGAUCAUUGUACUCCUAUAUACAUGCCCACGAGGCUCAAGCAAUACAACAUCAAUUCCACCAAUACCUCUCUCUUCCUUCUAACUAUAUCCUUGACCGCCGGCUGUAUCAUCUGGCCAGCGUAUACAGAUGCAUUGAUUUAAUCCUUUCUUUGCUUGUUUGACUUGGAUUUCAUCCCUUGGGACAAAUUAUUGCCUAGUGGGGCCAUGUAAUUCCUUACAAUGUGUGUUGGUCA